ACAACAAAAGAAAGUUCAGAACUACGCCUACCAGUGAAGAUGCCUGACUUUUGUGCAGCCUACGGAUGCUCUAAUCGCCGUAGUCUCAAAACGAGAACCCGUGGGAUCACCUUUCACCGGUUUCCCAAAACCGGAGAGAGGAAGAGGCAGUGGGAACUUGCCCUAAGAAGGGAUGGUUUUGUUGCCUCUGGCAGGACAGUGCUCUGCAGUGAGCACUUUAGGAGUGAGGAUUUUGACAGGACGGGGCAGACUGUCCGGCUUAAAGAUGGUGUUGUGCCAACAAUUUUCAACUUUCCAGCUCAUCUUCAAAGGCCGAUAGCAACAAGAAGCACAACCACUGCUAGAAGAGCGGAAGACAACCUGCCAAUGGACUUGUCUCAGGAUGAACCUCAGCCUGAUGUUGUGAAGCCACAGCGAUAUGUCCUGACCUACAGGUUCAGCCAGGACCACUUGGAGCUUCUCUUUAACUCCAUCAGAGCAUCCGGUGGCUGGAAUAACAACCCUAAUGCCAGCCAGUUCAAGUACAUCUUCCGAAAGCUGAUGGCCCGGUGUGGGGUUGUUAAACCAAGCAGCAAAGGCAAUGUGACUGCACAGGAUGACACAGAGUCCCUACCAGCUGUAGCAAUGUCCUCUGCUGCCCAGUCCUACCACAUCGACACAUCUACAAACCUGUCAGCUGUAGAUAUGUCCUCUGCAGAACAAAGAGAAGAUCUUCCAUCCCCGUUUGCUGACAUUCCUGCCCUUGUACAUGACCACAGCUACCUUCCCACCCGCUUCGAUGGUCUUGUGGACAACGCUCUCGUGUACAUUUCAGGAUUUGUUGUGCGACGGACGGUGAAGAAGCUGUCCUGUGAUGUCUGCCGUGCCAGCCUGGUGACGGACGCUGCAUCUGCCAGUAAGGACAAGAGCUACCACCUGCUGACUCUAAGAAACAAUGGAGGCCUGGUGAUUCCGUCUGAAGGCACGGUGAGGGUCGUCAGGGCAGCAGAGUGGGUCAUUCGCCAGGCAUCAGCAGAUUCCAGACGAUCACAGCCCAUCAAACUGCUAGAGGUCCUCUACAUUGUGCGGAAGAGGAUAGGUUCAGAGGAUGUGUUUUUGCUCGGGGAGCACAUCGGCGACACACAGUAUGGCAUUGACAGUCACCACCAUACGCUGGUAACAUUAGUUGUGUCCCUGUUUUUCAAGCUAAGGCUGCACCACAUUGCAAAAAUCAAUACUCUGAGCUUACAGAGUGGCAACAUGAGACAGAAGCUCACCAAAGCAGUCCUUUUCAAAGGGCAUUAGCUCCAACUGUGUGUGCACCGUGUGUCUUAUUGGUUUUGUGUUGUACUGUAUUGUAUUGUGUGCAGCUGGUCCUUGUCUCCAAGACAAAAUAAAAUAACCUUGAACCUUGAAGCCCCAUCUCUCCCC